AUGGCUUCUCAUCUAAAAGGUGUUGCAAAAUCAACUAUGUCAGAUCAAAUACGUAAGGAGUUGUGUGAGUAUAAGAGAGAUAAUCCUGCAAGCACACAAAAAGACUUGCAGAGAUGGCUUGAGGGAAAAUUUCAUUUGAAAGUUAGUCAAGGAACAAUAUCAAACACACUUAAGCGGUCAGAUGACUAUCUCUCUGCUAAAAUAGAAAAGGGAAGAGCAGAGAUCAAAAGACACAAACCAGCAAAAUAUCUUAAUCCAGGGAAGAUAAAUGUCCUUGAUACUAUCAUUGAGAACAAUGCAGAGGAUGACAGCGAAGAUGAUACAGUGUCUUUGGAGCCUGUUACGCGAAAGGAAGCACUUAUGGCGUCGAACACUCUUCACAACUUUAUGAUACAAUACAAAAAUACAACACCUGAGCUAUUGGAUGCAAUAAGAAAAGUUAGAGAUGAGCUCCAAAUAGACUUGAACUUUAAAGGAAAAUAG